GCACGCCCUCUUCUGAUUGGUCCUCUGGGAAAUGAAAAUAACAUUAGCCAAGAUGGCGGCGGGCGACUAGGAAAAGUGAGAAGAUAAUACAACAACAAGCGAUAUAGACCACACAACAGUGAGCAUUCAUUUGCCGUGUGCGACGGUUUCAGACCAGACCUCCAGCCCAGCGUCGGGAAACCGCCGACCAGCCGCCGAGAGAGACCGCAGCGGGAGAUAUAAUCGUUCAGCUAACUGUUUGCUAACUAGCUGCUAAAGUAGCUAACACGGCUAGGGCUAGCUGACUGCGGAAGGCGAGUGGGGAGAGGGAAGGCAGUUCAAAGUGCGAGCUGACAAGUCGAGUUUAUCUUUCUGAAAAGCUGGCGACAUCUCCGUUUGAGACAUUAACGAGCACAGAACGCGGACAGGGUCACUCGAACCGGCGGCUCGCGGGGAAAUCAACGUUUAACCACUGAUAAGACAAACAGAAAAGCCGAGGAAAGGCAUCAUCUCUGCCGACCUGACGCCAUGGCUCACUCCCCUAUUCAGAGUGGACUGCAUGGGAUUCAGAAUUUCAGAGCCAAUCCGGAGGAGCUAUUUACCAAGCUGGAGAGGAUAGGACAGGGCUCUUUUGGAGAAGUUUUUAAAGGCAUCGACAAUCGGACUCAGAAAGUUGUGGCUAUUAAAAUUAUUGAUCUGGAAGAAGCAGAGGACGAAAUAGAGGACAUUCAACAGGAAAUCACAGUUCUCAGCCAGUGUGACAGUCCAUUUAUCACCAAGUAUUUUGGCUCUUAUCUCAAGGGUACAAAAUUAUGGAUUAUUAUGGAAUACUUGGGUGGAGGAUCAGCCCUUGAUUUGCUGGAGCCAGGUGCUCUGGAUGAAACACAGAUUGCCACGAUCCUGAGAGAAAUCCUCAAAGGUCUUGAGUAUCUUCACUCUGAAAAGAAAAUCCACAGAGAUAUCAAAGCUGCCAACGUCUUGCUGUCAGAACAAGGCGACGUGAAGCUGGCAGACUUCGGAGUUGCCGGCCAGUUGACAGACACACAGAUAAAGAGGAACACAUUUGUCGGAACACCUUUUUGGAUGGCACCUGAGGUUAUAAAGCAAUCUGCCUACGAUUCAAAGGCCGACAUCUGGUCAUUAGGAAUAACAGCAAUAGAGCUGGCUAAAGGAGAGCCCCCCCACUCUGAGCUUCACCCUAUGAAGGUUUUAUUCCUCAUCCCAAAGAACAAUCCCCCGACACUGGAAGGAAGCUACAGUAAACCACUGAAAGAAUUUGUUGAAGCCUGUUUAAAUAAGGAGCCUAGUUUUAGGCCAACUGCCAAAGAGCUGUUAAAGCACAAGUACAUAGUAAGGCACGCCAAAAAGACUUCCUAUCUGUCGGAGCUGAUCGACCGAUACAAGAGGUGGAAAUCAGAGCAAUCGCAAGAACAAUCAAGCAAUGAUGAAUAUAAUGGCAAGUCAGAUGACCAAGCAUCUCGAGGCACCAAUACAAUUAACUGGAUUUUCAACACCAUCAGGGAGAAGGACCUGGAAGAGGUUCUGAAUGGGGCAGCACAGCCUGCUGAGCCAGCGAGGACAGAGGUGAAGGAGAGUCCAAAGGUGGAGGAGAGUCCAAAGAGGCCUUUGUCACAAAGCUUAUCAUCAAUAUUUUCUCCAUUGUUUUCUGAGCUGAAGGAAAAGAGUAAUGGGAAGCCAGAGGUUGCAGAGGAGCUACGGAGGGCUAUUUUCCAGGCAGAAGAAACACACCCUGGCAUCUGUGACUCGCUGGUGGCUGAACUAGUGCAGAGACUUCAGAGGUUUUCUGUGCCACAUGCAGCUGCCACUCAGUGAGAGGAGCUACAUCCAGCUCCGCUCUGUUUUUCCACCCUGGUGGCCGCAGUCAGAUCUUUUCCUCUGACCUCCAAAGGCCAGGAUGAAGUCUCCCAGAAAGGUCUCCAUUGCUCAUUUGCUUGAAGCAAAUCCUGGCCCUACUUAAUGUCUGUUUUUAGGCUAGCGCACCACCAGAGGGUCCCAUUCAGGACAGUCAGUGGCCAGCCUGUGAGCUGCCACCAUGACUGCCAACUACUGUAAGAUGUCCCUUCUCAAUACCUCCUCCACAAAGGCUUUAUUUUAAGGGUGGUGUUUGCUAUCUUUUCUGCAAGGACUCUUUGAUUUCUUUUUUUUUUGGUGAGUUUGUGGGUUUUCACAAAGGUUUACACUCUGGAGAAAGUUCCUUGCUUAAUUAAUAGUGUGUGUGUGUGUGUGUGUGGCUGUGAGAGAUAUCCUGCAGUGAAGAGUGUGGAGUGGGCUGAAGCGUUCUAUUGAAAACUCAGGUAUCCUGCUUUAAGUGGAUUGGGUCCUCUGGGAGAUGGAAAGAGCUCUAUAGGGUGGUUGUACAAACUUGUAGAUAAGCACAUUUCUACAGAUUCAUGAAAAAAUAAUGGAGCGUUUGUAAUGGAACCACUGUGUACAAAUGGCCAAAUGCGACUGUAGAUACUGGUUGUGAGGUAAAUAUUUUGAGAGACUAAAAUGGCCAUAUAUGAGAUUGCCUUGCCUUUGUACUUGUUCUUUUGUGUAUCAAUCUUUGAUUUCUAAGUACUCAUCCAGUGAAUGAAAAUGGCUGCCCUCUAUCAUGUUUAGAUUUAUUAUAUAUUUCUUAAUUCUCUUUAAUUGUUUGGUUUCAUACUCUGUCUGUGGCUGUCAUAAUGAAUGAGAAUGUAAGUGGCUGGAUCAUGUAAGCCCACGCCAGUUUUCACACUGGAUGCUCUGUUUCCAGUCCUGAUUUCAUAAGGCCUUGAGUUGGUUUUUUGGACUUUGCCUCAUUCCCAUCUUUUUUGCUGUGCGCUUUUGAUUGAUCAGAUAAACUGAGGUUUUGUCCAUUCAUUCAAUUAACAGGGCGGCGCCAUCAUGUAUUGUAUCACUCAUAAAGACUCUGUUAGUCUUCCUAGGAGCUGCAGUGGUACUAUCUCCUCAGCGUACCUACAUCUUUAAUUGCACUUCAAGUAUAAAAUGCCUUUUACUAUAAACAAAGUAGCCAUAAAACAGUAGCAGGAGACCUAGAGUAUUUUGCAGGUAUGCACCAAACUACCUGGGACACAAAGGUCCACCUGAAGUCUCACAGCUUGGACUCUGGAGUUGGUGAUGCAGUGUAAUUUGCCUGGCUGUGUCUUUCCAUUUGGGACGUGUGAGAGUUUUUUUAGUUGUACAGUAGAUGCAUAUAGACACAGACUUCUCACACAGUAGACGACACUGCUCUCAGAUGUACAUAUUAAAGCCAGGAGGUGCUCAGAGACCAGCGGCAUUGCUACUACUUCUGACUCGUUAAAAAUGAAUGUGCAUGAUGGAGCCCGUUGGUCGGCCUGAGCAGUAUGCGUUGUAGCAUACUUUUACAGCACUGGAGUAAUGUCGAUUCCUAAACAGAGCUGACGCAGCCUUAGAGUAUUUGUUGUGAAUGGAAUGAAUAGUGUCAGCUUUAAAGUGUUAGAUCAAAUGUUUUUGUUGUGAUUUCUUUUUUUGCCCUCUGGUAUUAAAAUGCGGCAAUACUUAAAAAGACAAAUGAGAAAAGAUCAAAAAUUGUCAGAACAGAGAUGCAUCUUGUGGGGUCAGAUAAAUAAUUAUUUUUACUACAUGGCACAAGUUAAAGAAGCUUUAGACAUCAAUGGGAAACGCAUGUAUUCACUUUGAAGCUGAGAAUUAGAUGAGAAUAUUAACACCACUGUCACAGCUGUCCAUCAUUUAAUAUAUAUAAUGGUCACCUGUACACCUGCUGUUGUAUAUAAUGAUAAUAAUGAUUUAUUGAAUUUCUAAUCACGUCAACAGAACCUGAACAUAAUGAGUUUCAUGAAGAUUUUAUGGCAGUGCUGUUGUAUCCAUUAACAUGACUGACUUUCUGCUGGUAGCCUGGCAACUGCUCAAUAACAGCUGAUAGGAAAGAGUAAGACUAGCUGUUUCCGCCAUUCCAGUAUUAUGCUAAGCUAAGACAACUGGCUGCCCUCUUUAGUUUGAUAUUUACUGUGAAGUCAAUCUCCUCAUCUCACUCUCAGCCCCCAAAAUAUAACGAAUCAACGUUUCGAUAGCAAUUCUGUCAAUGAAUUUCCAAGUACACAUGAAUCUAAUUGUGGAAUUACAGUUAAAUGAGUUAAUGGUCAAAUAAGUAAGAUAUAAAAUCAAGAAGAAGGUAACAGACUCAAUCAUUUUCUUCUAUAUUUGAUUUUGUUUUUAAAUGACUCUUUGUUCAAACCUCUUAUAUGAAAUGUGCCAUGUUUGCCCUACUCCCCAAUCUGAGACACAAAAUCACCAUCGUUUGCACCUUUUACGUUCGAGGUCUGAAAUGAUUCUUAUCUUUUAUGUGUUGCACUUUGUAGAACUCUUCUUUAUCACGGUACUUAACAAGGCUUCAAUAUGUUGCAGUUCCACCUGCUCCUUGUUUGUUGUAUGGCAGUUUAAAGCAGUGUGAUGGUGAGAAGUCAUUUCUUCUUAGCACAAGUAGGCAUAUAUUCUAUUGAACUAUUUUUAUAACCCAAGAGAAGCAGCAUUAUGUAAUAGAGGGAGUCGACGUUUGGUUCUGUGAUGUGUUCGAGUUUCACUAAACACUGGAUAGCAAUCACUUAAAAGGUACAUUUCAUUCUGUGUGACUCUGCUGACCGUUUAUAAUCUAGUAUACAUGUUAAUGCUAAUCGGGCCAGUGCUGUUGGGUUUUAUUGGAAGUUGUCAAAUGGUCGAGGAUAAUAAAAAUUCAAUACAAAUGUA